UAUAUUGUCUGUAUCAUGACCAAUUUGGAAAGCUGGGAAGGAGUAAAGGAAAAUAUUCAGCCUGUUAGUUGUGGAAGGGAUCCAGAUAUUUUAAGAAAGUUUGGAACCAAUGAAAAAAAGCUCUUAGAGGAGGAUAAGGUUUUGCAAGAGAAACAAAGGGAGUGGGAAACUCAACUGGAAGAAGCCUUGAGACAUCCAAACUCUUUAGACCUUGCCGCAAUAUGGAGAAACUAUUGGAAGUGGAUUCAGCAGCACUACCCUACAGGACACCCCAAUAGCUUGGAAUUCUUAGAGAGAGCUACAAAGAGCCUCUCAUCAGAUCAAAAAUACAAGAAUAACAUUCACGCUCUGAAAAUUUGGAUAAGUUAUGCUGAUAUUAGUCGUGACCCUUUGCCAAUAUUUGAAUAUAUGUAUGCAAACGAUAUUGGCAAGGAAUUUUCUUUGUUUUAUGAGGCAUAUGCUCUAAUACUGGAGAAGAACAGAAAAUUCUCUGAAUCUGAUAGAAUUUUUAUGGAGGGAAUAAACCGCAGAGCUUCACCUCUCGAAAGGCUACAAAAGCGACAUCAAGAAUUCCAGCAUAGAAUGGUGAAAAGAAUGCAACGAGAAGAAGAUGUGAAAUCUUUGUCCAAUCCUGGAAAUAUGCAAAACAAAACAGAUACUUCAUUUCGUCAACCUUUAAAUGCCGUUGAUAAAAAACCACUAUGUGCAGGACAUGGGUCUUUCACGACUUCAAAGCUCAACAGCAACUUUGAGAUUCAUCAAGAUCAAGAGCAACAAGAAAAUAUCGCACCGAGUUUCUUUCCACAUGUGCCCCUAAUGACUCUUCAUACAAAGGAGAACCAAGGCACAGUAGACAUUUGGAAAGGUAGGAGACUUCCCCAGAAAGAGUUCUUAAAGGAUCGUUCUACUUCUAUCACGAAUAGCAGUUUCGAAAUAUUUGAAGAUGAAUUGACAGAAACACCAGGAAAAACAGAUAGUUCAACUGAAAUGCAGGCAAGAGAAAAUCUUACUCUAGGAACUCCACUGGCUCCAUCUGAAAGAACAAGAGAGUUGGUAAGACAAUCCACUGAGACCAAAAACAUGGACAAGAAUCGACAACGGUCCCAACUCAGUGAGCCAUCUCAACCUAAUGUCAACGAUGACGCAAACCGGUCCGUCACCCAAAGGCAUUUUCAAGCACAAGAAUCAAGCAAGUCUGUAGUUAGUUCAGUCGGGUUACGUCACCAAGAAAUCGUCAGUGACCUCGGUGACGAAAGCCAAAACGACAACUUGAGUGACAACGGAGAUAUCACUUUUGAUAACAAUCUUAAUGUCUCGUCACCUACUAUUCAUACAAAAAUGGCUCUUGCUGACGUUGAAGCGAUGUUUGAUAGUACUCUGACUUUUGAGAGAAAUUUGAAACUUUACAACGAAGAUGCAAUUCCAAAUGAUGACAAUGACACUCUUUCUUUUGUGUCAUCGGCACCUUCUCACAUUCACAAAAAUAGCAACGAAGCUUUCUCUAUCUAUGAAGAUCCUCAAUAAAACAUUCUCAUUGGAGCUGACAACUUUCUUUAUUAGGGACAAACAAUGGGACAAGCCAUACAAUAUAAGUCAAUACUUCUAUAGAUGAAUGUGAUAAAAUAAAAGUGAAUCGGCUUGUACUUUUUGGAACCAAAACUACCUGUUUCUCAAAGUUUUUCAAAGGGUCAUGACUUACCUAUGGUAAACAGAAUAAUAGUAAGCUUGGACAAAAAUUUAAGCUCAAACUAAAAAGUCCAAGUUCAUAAGCAAAGAUUCCUAUGUCCCAUGAAAC